AGUAGCUCUUUGCUUUGUGUUGAAGCCAUCAGUCGCGGCUUCCGCCCGAAGAAGCGCACCGCAUCGUCUUCCUUUCGUUGUUUGUUUCUCCUUCCCAACUCGCCGCACCCUCUUCCCAGCCAUGGCGAACGGUGUGACCGCGAACAGCAUGCUCAUCUCGGUGAAGGCGCCCGAUCUCGGCUCCUUCCCGCUGGACCACUACCGCGAGUGCAAGAACGAGAUUGAGAAGUACUACACGUGUCUGAAGGAGAACGAGUACGUUUCGCCGAUGUGCCGCGAUCAGGUCCGCGAGUACCUGCAAUGCCGCAUGGACCGUGGCCUGAUGAAGAAAACCGACGUGAGCAGCUUUGGCAUUCCAGAGACGGAGUUUGUUCCUACCAAGCAACAUCGAAUCGAUCUGCGUGAGCAGUGGCUGCGACAGAAGAUGAAUCAGGUGAGUGUGGUGGCAGUAGAGAACUACGUGCGAGACGACCUGCAAACACCGGACGGCUAUGAAAAGGAGAAAGAAGGCUAA